AUUUUUCCUCUCUCCCAAAUUAACGAAAAAAAGAAAUUAGAACAGAGAAAAGAAAAGUGGAAGUCUCAAUCGUCGUUCUAUCUCUCGGAGAGACUGUGAAAUCUCCGAUCGAUUCUCAUCUCUUUUGAUUGAGUGACGGUGGAAGGAUACUGAAAUCUCCUUCGUUUUCGCUUUCUGGAGGAGAGAACAGAGAGGAACGCAUAGGUUCUGCCAUGAAGAAUCAUCCAAAAUAGAUGUUCAUUUUCGGCAAAAGGAGUAGCGGUUUCUUCGUCUUAGGGAGGAAAUCCGGGGAGACAGACUCUGAAGCUGUUUCUCACGGAUGAUCAAUCGGCAGCUCGCAUUAUCAAUGGAGGUUGAUUUGAAUCCAUGACUUUCUUGUUGCUGUUGUCGUGAAUCUGAGCAUCAGAUCGGCUCCUUGACGCACUUAGUUGGCUUGUUUUCUUGUCGAAUUGGUUUCGCUUGUUUAUUUAUUUUCUUACUUGCGAAUGAUGAGCAACGGUGGCCUACGAGAAGGCGCGGCUCCGGCGGGAGCGCUGCAGCCGCUGGAGUGGAAGUUCUCUCAGGUGUUCGGAGAAAGGACUGCAGGGGAGGAAGUACAGGAAGUUGAUAUCAUAUCAGCUAUCGAAUUUGAUAGAAGUGGUAACCACCUUGCUACUGGAGACCGUGGGGGCCGGGUAGUUUUGUUUGAGAGAACUGACAUGCACAAUCAUGGAGGACAUCGGAGAGAUCUAGAGAGGAUUGAUUAUUCAAUUACUAGGCAUCCUGAGUUCCGCUAUAAAACAGAGUUCCAGAGCCAUGAGCCCGAGUUUGAUUAUCUUAAAAGCUUGGAAAUUGAGGAGAAAAUUAACAAAAUUAGAUGGUGCCAGUCAGCUAAUGGUGCUUCGUUUCUUCUCUCCACUAAUGACAAAACUAUCAAGUUCUGGAAGGUCCAAGAGAAGAAGGUUAAGAAAGUAUGUGACAUGAAUGUUGAUCCCACAAAAGCCAUGGGAAAUGGCCCUAAUGUUGGUUCAAGUGUAUCAUCAAGCUCAACAAGCUCCAAACCUUAUACUGCAAAUGGGGGAUAUCCAAUCAAUGAUUUUUCAUUCCCAACUGGAGGUUUACCAUCUCUGCAUUUGCCAGUGGUAACUGGUCAUGAGACAAGCCUUGUUGCUAGAUGUCGAAGAAUAUAUGCUCAUGCCCACGACUAUCAUAUUAACUCCAUUUCAAAUAACAGGUUGUUUAAGGAUAUAAAGCAUCCAGCAGUUCAUGAUGGUGAAACUUUCAUAUCGGCUGAUGACCUGCGAAUCAAUCUCUGGAACUUGGAAAUUAGCAAUCAAAGUUUUAAUAUUGUUGAUGUGAAACCUGCUAACAUGGAGGACUUGACUGAGGUGAUAACUUCAGCAGAAUUUCAUCCCACUCACUGUAAUGUGUUAGCAUAUAGUAGCUCAAAGGGCUCAAUUCGUCUUGUUGAUUUGCGACAGUCAGCGUUGUGUGAUAGUCAUAGCAAAUUGUUUGAGGAACAGGAAGCUCCGGGCUCCAGGUCUUUUUUCACAGAGAUAAUAGCCUCAAUCUCUGACAUUAAGUUUGCUAAGAAUGGAAGGCACAUACUAAGUCGUGACUACAUGUCUUUAAAGUUAUGGGACAUAAAUAUGGAUUCUGGUCCAGUUGCUACAUUUCAGGUUCAUGAACAUCUAAGACCUAAGUUAUGUGAUCUAUAUGAAAAUGAUUCUAUCUUUGAUAAAUUUGAAUGUUGUCUUAGUGGAGAUGGACUUCGAGUGGCUACUGGUUCCUACAGCAAUCUCUUUCGCGUAUUUGGUUGUUCUGAGGGCAGCACAGAAGCAGCAACAUUGGAAGCUAGCAAAAACCCCAUGAGGAGACAGGUACAGACCCCAGCUAGGCCCACUAGAUCACUUGGUAGUUUCUCUGGUGUUGUUAGGCGAGUUAAAGGAGUGGAUAACUCUGGAGUUGAUACAAAUGGAAAUACUUUUGAUUUCACGACAAAGUUGCUACAUUUAGCAUGGCACCCAACUGAAAACUCUCUUGCCUGUGCUGCUUCAAACAGUCUCUACAUGUAUUAUGCGUAAAGAUGAUCCAAGAUAGAUCAUUGAUUAUUUACCUGGCAAAGCUUCCUAAAUGCAACGCAGAUGUUGCUUUGCCUACAUCUCUAACCAACAACGUGGAAGCUGCACUGUGUGUUGUAAUCUUGGUGAUUCACUAGAAUUCUUGCAAAUCCUCCAACAGCUGGGUUUGAUGUAGCUGCUACUGAAAUGACAACAACAAAAAUUGACUUCAACUGCCAGGCAGGCUGCCAACUGAUUAUAUUCUUUUGUUAGGAAAGAUGCAGUUAUGUCACUAUUGUGUUUUGUUGAGGUAAAGAAGUUGUGACAGUGGCAUUCAACUUUGUGGAGACUAAUGGGAGCUGUAGCUGAAUCCAAGGAAAAACUGAGAAGUUUCUGGGGCAUCAAUUCUCAUUGAUGUAGCUUGGCCUAAAAUCUUUGUACUUACAUCUGUGUUAGUAUUACUCUGAUAUUAUUGUUAUUUAAAUUUUAACAAUUCUUUCUUCUCAGGGAGUUCCUCAUUUGUGGUAUGUCAUGAGCUUUGCCCAGUGAUGGUUCUUAGGGGAUGAAAUGCACUCCAUGCUAGUACAUUUGUCUUAGUUUAACCUUUUAAAGUUACCAGUCUGUUCGGCUAUUUGAAGCAUU